AUGCCACUUCGGAGCCCGAUGCCACUUUUGCCACCUCUGCGGCGAGAAGGACUUGAAGAUCUACUACUACCAAGCUCGCAAGGAGGUCUCAGCAUCACGCUGCGACGGCUGGAAUCGGGCGGGAUCCACAUGGAAAAAUGCAAGGAGAAGUGGAAGAAUCCGCAGGCAGGGCUGCCCCGGGCCGACGACCCGGAGAACGGCGCGUGGCCUGCGGGACCAGUCCCCACACCCAGGGAGCGGGAGAGCUUCGAGCCAGGUUUUGCACGGGCACGUGCCGACCAGGAGGUGCCGAAGGCCAGAGCAGCGCCAACAGGUGUAGGUGUUGCACACAAGGAUUGGCAUCUUCCCGUCCAGCGUUGGCAGCAGAAUUGGCAGGUCAUACCUCAGGAGCUUUUCUUUCAGGUGAAGGAGAACAAGCUGAUCUUCUGGAUGUGA